AUGGGCUCCAGAUUGCUCAACGCACCCAUUGUGCUCGACAAUGGCAGUGGCACGAUCAGAGCCGGUUUCGCGGGCCAGGACCUGCCCAAGUGCUUCUUUCCUUCGUAUGUCGGCCGGCCGAAGCAUGUCAGAGCGCUAGCAGGAGCGUUGGAGGGAGAUGUCUUCAUCGGACAACGUGCGCAGGACCUGAGAGGCUUGCUGAAGAUUAACUACCCAUUGGAGCACGGCAUCGUCACGGACUGGGAUGACAUGGAGAGGAUAUGGCAGUAUGUGUAUACUGAGGAGUUGAAGACUGUCAGCGAGGAUCACCCUGUGCUUCUGACCGAGCCCCCCCUCAACCCGCGGACCAACCGCGACACCGCCGCACAGAUCCUUUUCGAGACCUUCAACGUCCCCGCUCUCUACACUUCCAUCCAAGCAGUCCUCUCGCUGUACGCAUCAGGCCGCACGACCGGCAUCGUGCUGGACGCCGGUGAUGGCGUAUCGCACGCCGUGCCCGUAUAUGAAGGUUUCGCGAUCCCCAACAGCAUUCGCCGGAUAGAUGUGGCGGGAAGAGAUGUGACGGAGCAUCUUCAGACACUGCUGAGGAAGAGCGGCUACGUCUUCCACACCAGCGCCGAGAAGGAGGUUGUGCGAGCGAUCAAGGAGAAACACAGCUACGUGUGCCUGGACCCGAUCAAGGAGGAGAAGGAAUGGUCGGGCAGCGCCACCCGGUCGAACGAGAAGACUGUCGAGUACACGCUUCCUGACGGCCACAAGCUCAAGAUUGGGGCGGAGCGGUUCCGCGCCCCCGAGAUUCUCUUCAACCCUGAGCUUAUUGGAACAGAGUAUCAAGGCGUGCAUCAGAUGGUUGUUGAUGCAAUCAACAGGACAGACCUAGACCUUCGCAAGGCGCUGUUUGGCAGCAUUGUGCUUUCUGGCGGGUCCACUCUCACGAAAGGAUUCGGUGACAGACUGCUGCACGAGGUGCAGCGUCUGGCCGUCAAGGACAUGAGGAUCAAGAUAUUCGCGCCUCCUGAAAGGAAAUACACCACGUGGACGGGUGGAAGUAUCCUAGCGGGCCUCAGCACGUUCAAGAAGAUGUGGGUGGAGAAGGAUGAGUGGCAGGAGAACCCGGACAUUAUCCAUUCGAGAUUCGCUUGA